GUAAAUGAGUUGCUGGAUGACGUCACGGCGUCCUGUAGCGCGCGUGCUUUCGGCCAUAGAGUUGUUCAUUGUCUGCGCCUCAACGGCAAGAGAGUUUACAGUAGAUCCGCAUACCGUCUAUUUCUAAUCUGCUACCUGUUGAAUACUACCGUUCUUAGCCCCCGGCUCGCAUUCGAAGAGUGGGAACGAGCUGAACAAAAAGGACACAUUCAACAGGUUGAUUUGCGUCCUUCAAUGCUUUAGCUGUCCGGUUCCCGUGUACUUCAUUCCCCCUACGGAUUUACAGGAGGAGCGAACAUGCCUUUGGGACUCAGGAAAAAGAAAAACAAGUCGAGGGAAAGCUCGAACUUAGUGGAAAACGAGGAGGUCAGCGGACACGCAGUUGUCGGGAAGUCCGCGGUGAACGGUGGCGGACUCCCUCCUCCACCUGCCAGCAUGCGACCGAAACUGGUGUUUCACACGCAGCUCGCACACGGGAGUCCCACGGGCAGGAUCGAGGGCUUCUCGAACGUCAAAGAGCUGUACAGCAAAAUAGCAGAAGCGUUUAAUUUAAGUCCGGAUGAGAUCCUAUUUUGCACACUCAACACCCACAAAAUUGAUAUGGAAAAGCUGCUGGGAGGGCAGAUAGGACUGGAGGACUUCAUCUUCGCUCACAUAAAAGGCCUCAAAAAGGAGGUGGAGGUGUACAAAGCUGAGGAGGCACUUGGGCUCACCAUCACAGACAAUGGAGCUGGAUACGCCUUCAUAAAGCGUAUCAAAGAGGGCAGUGUGAUGGAUGGGGUAAAGGUGAUCUGUGUGGGAGAUCAUCUCGAAUGCAUUAACGGAAAGAACAUCGUCGGAAUGCGGCACUAUGAGGUGGCCCGAAUGCUGAAGGAGCUGCCCAAGGAUCAGUCCUUCACCAUCAAACUUGUGGAGCCCAUGAAAGCCUUCGAGAUGCUUGAACCAAGGUCAAGAGGAGGCGGAGGCAAAUCCUCGGGAGAUGGCAAGAUAGGCACAGGCAGAGAAACCCUCAGAUUACGCUCCAAGGGUCCUGCAACAGUCGAGGAGAUGCCCACAGAGUUUGAAGAGAAGGCAGUGAAGAAAGUGGAUGACCUUCUUGAGAGUUACAUGGGCAUUCGAGACACUGAAUUAGCUGCCACGAUGGUCGAGGUGGGCAGAGAAAAGAAGAACCCUGAUGAGUUUGCCAUGGCUCUGGACGAAGUCAUGCUCUUUAUAGCUAGCAUGCUGAACAUUUAA